UCUCUCUCUCUCACACACACACACACACACACUGGCGCGCGCGGAGAGGCUCCCCACGACACGCAGCCCUCAAAAUACCCACACGUUCGUGCAGCGGAAGUUUUUAAGCAACCUUAUCUGAAGCUUUAUCUGAGUUGGAGAUGUGCUGCAGAAAGACAGGUCAAAGGGGACUGCAGGGCUGCUGCUGCAGGACGAAGCAUUAGGGAUAUGAAACACAUACCAGACCUGUCAUGUUCAAUUUACAGUUGACACAAUAGUUUACUAUCCAGUAAGAGUGAAGACGUAUUCUAUUCGGUGGAUAAUCCAUGAGGCAGCCUACAGUUUGUUUUAUUUCUAAUUAAAGACAGAAAACCGAGAAAACUGCUAUUUCACCAAAACAUUACACUCAGUCUGCGCGAGGCCAGUGGAAAUCAAUCAUGAUGAAAACAUUUUCCCGUGUCUUCUGCCCCCACCCCCCCACCCCCGUGCGUUUACUUUAUUUCGCCAAUUAUUACAGCAAGAGCCGGGCCAGUGUUGACUCUUCAGUGCGCCUGAGAAAGAUUUUACGGCCAUUCAUCAGCUGGCGAGGCGCACAAAUAGUCUUUAAAACUAUAAACACCAUCGCCGGGUCGGAGACAGGGGGACCCAUUUACCCCGUGGCUGCGCUAAACGCUGAAGAUAAAACAAACGAUAAUACUGUCUGUCUCCUGUGACCGUCUCCACAGGCAUUAAAUAGCAGGUUUAGUGCCAACCGCGCGGGGGGGGAAAAAACACAUGCAGGGCCAUGCGUCAUGACGCACAGUUGUCUCCGUUUUUACUGCUGCACGGUGAAAUGAUUUACACAUUGUUAUUGUGAUCUAUGUAUAUGCUGAUUGUGCGCUUAAUUGACAUCAUCUCAUUAGACUGAAGAGCGCACAGCUGGAGCUGAUGUGUGGAGAGGAACCUGAAGAUGAUUGCCUGUCUUGGAACUGAACAAAAAGUCAGAAAGACUGCGAAAUCAAAAAGCUUAAGGGCGAUAAAACGGGGCUGUUUUACUGGUUAAAACUUGGGUGUCAUAUGUGACACUUCUUUAGGAUAACCUGGCCUGCAGCGUGGGUGGGAACGUGUGUGUGUCUGUGUGUGUGAGCAGGUUUGUUGUCGUCUGUUAUCACGUCCUGAUAAGGCAGACAGUGGCUCCAGAAUCUCUUGGGAGGCAGACAGCAGAGUGUGUCGCUCCUGGUUUCAGGUUCUGUGCUCUGGGACCCAACCUGUCGUCUGCUCAGUUUCCCGUCGGAAGGCGGGGGGGGGGGGGGGGCACACAAACCAACACAUGCACGCGCACGAUCGACAUUAUCAGACUCACAGAACCCCUGUUAAUUCCCCCAGGUUAAACCUAAAUAAAGCAAGUUGAGCUCCUCAGUUGUUAUUACAGAGUUUUGAUGUACACUCAGUUGGAUAAAUUAUUUCUCUCGGUACUUGAAGAUGCGUGUAAACAUUCGGCCAAAUACUGGGUGUGUAGAAUGAACCGGAAACGCGUUUAAAUUGUGCGUAGUGAUGAACUACACAUGAGAAAAAAUAUCCAUCUAACUAGGUAUUUAUAAUUUCUCUUAAUUCAAAUAUAGCUACUGCAAACUAAGACACGUGUCUCCAUUAAAGCCACAGAAAAUCACUGAUAUAUUUUAAAUAAUACGAUGGAGGCCGGUUGGGUGUUUUUGCACUGGGUGAACACAUAUAGGCCUAUAAGUAACAUCAGGCCUAACAUGUACCAGACAUCACUUUACGUCAUGAAGUGGGAGUACCAGUGGCUCCAUACAGAGGGUCCCACUGGCUCCCUCCCUCCCUCCCUCCGGGUGACGCAGGGAGGAGAGGGAGGCCAAGAAAAAAAGUUUGGAGACAGAGUUGACAUUCAAAAUGCACACUUCACUCAAGAUCAGCCUGGUAUACCAAACUAAUACUUAAAUCCAGUAAAUAUUGCCUGGAAGGAGAGGGAGUUUGUUGACGUCUUCUCAUUGCUUCCAUAUGACAGGUUAAUAGGUUUUCUUUCUUUCUUUCUUUCUUUUUUUUUUUUCUUGGCAAUGUUUCCCAGUCCCAGCACGUCCACUCCCUUCUCUGUUAAGGACAUAUUAAACUUGGAGCAGAGUCACGAAGUUAUGGUGUCUUCUCUGGACGUUUCUUCUCGUAUGGACUGUUGCACCGUGCCGACCUCCACCUCCUCCUCCUCCUCCUCGUCAUCAUCAUCCUCCUCUUCCUCCUCCUGCAUGCUGGCCCGACUGAAGCAGGAGCCUCUGCGGGACAUGUCGUCCGCCGCCGCCGCCUCGCUGUUUGGAGAAGACCCCCACGAGUCCAGAACAGGCAGAGGCAAUGCCCUCAGCUUUGCCACCGCCUUUUAUGGGAAAUCUCUCAUAGAGAUGGAUAUAGUUAAGGAUGGGAAAUCAGACGCGUUUGAGGGGAAACGCAGAAAAGAGGAGUUCAGUCGUCCUGUCGAGCAUGCGGAGGACAUCAAAACCGAGGAUACGGAUCGACCCAAGCCCCGGAGGCGCAGGAAGCCGCGGGUCCUCUUCUCCCAGGCGCAGGUGUACGAGCUGGAGCGCCGCUUCAAGCAGCAGAGGUACCUUUCCGCCCCGGAGAGAGACCACCUGGCCGGGGUGCUCAAACUCACCCCGACCCAGGUGAAGAUCUGGUUCCAGAACAGGAGGUACAAGUGCAAGAGGCAGAGGCAGGACCAGAGCCUGGAGAUGGUAUCUCUGCCGCCGCCCAGGAGGGUGUCGGUGCCGGUGCUGGUGCGGGACGGGAAGCCUUGCCUGGCGGCAGACACGGCGGCCUACAACCCCUCCUACAGCAUGGGUCACAUCAACCAUUUCGCUUAUAACAACUACCCAGCUUUCAGUAACUACACCAGCCCCGGCUGCAACACGAACUAUGCGUGUAACUAUCCUGCAGCCACGAUGCAAACUAUGCAAGGAUCCUCCAACAACGGGAACUACAUGAACUUUGGGGUGGGAGACCUGAAUAAUGUGCAGAACACAUUCUCCUCCAGUAAUGGGGUGUCCUCAUUACAUGGCAUUAGGACAUGGUGAACAAGGGACAGUAUAUCAAAUAGUCAUGUCACCUACACAGUUUAACGGGAUUAUUUUCUGACUGCAUGCAUUUUUAUAGGCAUUGCGAAGUUUAUGUAACUUCUCUUAUAUUUAAUAACUUACUAUUGCUAGUUUUUCGUUUUUGUUUUCAGCACCAGUUUUUUGUCUGAAUAGAUACAUUUUCAUUUAUUUUCGUGACAUUAGCGCACAGACGUGUAAUUUGAGAGAAAUGAAAAAUCAAGUUGCGACAACAGUUCUUUACAUGUUUUGUUAAAGUUUAAAUUUGUCCCACCACUAAUUGUUUUUCUCCCAAUUUUAUUUCCUACAGAAAUCAGACAUUAAAAAUAAAAUACUACCUAAAUAGUAACAAUUUCGGCUAAAUAAUAUAGGCGAUAUCAUUUAUUAUUGUUAUUAUUAUUAUCAUUAUUAUUAUUCCUUCAUUGUUACUUUUAAUUUGAAAUUGGCUCUGGCUAUUCCUAUAUCAUUAAAAAAAAUACACUCAGAAAAACAGCAUUAGAAAACCAUUAAACCUACAGUGGCCUAUAUAAAUAAUAUGCAAUAGUGAACUAUAAUAAUGACAAUAUAUAAUCCAUGCCUCUGAGUCUCCUAAUGGUUGAGAUAGACCCACAUAAAGGAGCCUAUAACAUCAGUAAAACCAUCAUAUGGUUUGUGUCUGGUUAAAAUGUUCAAGUGGCUGUUAGGAAGCUUCCUUCAAUAAUCUCAAACAGGGUUAAAAGGUUGUUAAAAGUUUACACUUUUUACAACCCGCUGUCAGCCACAGUACACUCUACACGUGUUUAAAAGUUGCUGGGACAGAGUCGGCUGUGAGCCAUGACCUUGACUUGUAUUAACAGUUUAAAAUCAGGUUCUGAUCAUGAAGCGCUUUUACUAAUUCUGUGGUAUGUAAAAAUUCUCAUUUACAUGCACUGAAUUGUGCAUAUAAGGCGUUUAUACACAGAUUUAAUCUGUGAAAAGCCGUCCUGAGAGUCACCAGCCUUUUCUCUGUACUUGUAAAUAUCAGGACAUUCAAGAUGUUUGCUGAUCAAAGAUAUUUAUCUAUUUUUGGACAGUACAGUUGAUUAUUAAAAGUUAUCUUUUUUUGAAACCUUGCUGAGUCAUUAUUGUGUUUCAUUUGAGAAAUUGCAAUAGUCUAAGUUUAACUGGACUCACGCUCAGCAGUAAAAUAUGUAGAAUACAAAAUAUACAUUUAAUGUAAUUAAAUACUAACUGAACAAAGCUGUGCCCAGCAUGAAAGUGGAGUUGCUGAGAUUCCUGUUAGUGGUUUGGCUCCUCUUUAUACCAUCGGUUUGGUGCCGUGUGCACUCCCCUGAGACCUCAGCCCACUUGUCCAGAUACAAACCCAAACACUUGAUUGACACUAUCAUGGUGCUAAAUGCAAGAAUAGUCCAAUUUGCUUGACAGAGAGCCAGAGGCCUCAUCUAAGUGCGCAGUUAUAUGAACAGACUAGAAACGGGCUCUGCCCAACUGCCACCACUUUACACGAGUA